UGGAAGGAGAUGAUAAGGGCCUGUGUCCGGGAGGGAGACAGCUCCCGGGUCACAGGAGUCCCUAUCGGGCUGGCGUUUCCUCCCCCUCCCCGAGCCCUUCCUGCCACCCGCCCGAGCAGGCCCUCCCUGGAGUUGGAAGAGUGAAGGACGGAGUCACCGUGGCAGCAGCUCUGUGCCUUCGGAGGUCUUUGCACUGGCCCGCCCCCAUGCCUCUCCUCCUGUUGCUGCUGUUGCUGCCGAGCCCUUCCCGCCCCCAGUCCGUCUGCGAGGUCUCCCAGGUGACCAGCCAGGUGGAAGUGAACUGUGACAACCGGGGGCUCAAGGCGCCGCCUCCCGACCUGCCGGCCGACACGGCCAUCCUCCGCCUGGGCGAGAACCCCCUGGGCACCUUCUCCACGGCCUCCCUGCUGCCUCUGACCCGGCUCGCCCAGCUGCACCUGAGCCAAAGCCAGCUGACCCACCUGCAGAUGGACGGGACGCUGCCCGCGCUGGAGACCCUGGACGUCUCCCACAACAACCUGCGAAGCCUGCCCCCGCUGGGACGGGCCCUGCCGGCGCUCAACACCCUCGACGCGUCCUUCAACGAGCUGACCUCGCUGUCCCAUAGCGCCCUGGACGGCCUGAGCCGACUCCACGAGCUCUACCUGCACGGCAACAAGCUGAAGACGCUGCCGCCCGGGCUCCUGGCGCCCACCCCCCGGCUGAGGAAGCUCAACCUGGCCGACAACAAGUUGAACGAGCUGCCCCCCGGGCUCCUGGAAGGACUGGAGGAGCUCGACACCCUGUACCUCCAGGGGAACUGGCUGCGGACCAUCCCGAAGAACUUCUUUGGGGACCUCCUCCUGCCCUUCGCUUUCCUGCACGGCAACCCCUGGUCCUGCGACUGCGAGAUCCUCUACUUCACUCGCUGGCUGCAAGACAACCCCAAUAACGUCUACUUGUGGAAGGAGGGAGUAGACGUCAAGGCCAUGACCCCCAACGUGCAAAGCGUGCGAUGCGUCAACUUGGCCAACACACCCGUCUACACCUACCCGGGGAAGGGCUGCCCCACCCUCGGGGAUGCGGACAUAGGCUAUGACGAGUAUGAGGACGAGGACCCCUUCACCACGGCUGGGGUCACGCUCUCCACCAACGCCAAAGCCCGCACAACCCACUGGCCCCCAUUCUACCCAACGUCUGCUGAUUAUCCACACAGCCAGAUGCCCUAUCUGUCUUCUACCCAAGAGUCCACUGAGAGUCAGAAUACAUCCGUGACCACCCCGGAACCCACGACGACCCCCCCCACCGCGGAGCCCCCCACGACUCCCCCCACCGUGCAGCCCCCCACCACCACCCCCACCACGGAGCCCCCCACGACCCCCACCACGAUGCCCCCCACGACCCCCCCCACCCCGGAGCCCCCCACGACCCCCACCACCACGACCUCCCCCACCCCGGAGCCCCCCACGACCCCCACCACGACGACCUCCCCCACCCCGGAGCCCACCAUACCCCCCACCACCCCAACCACCUCUCAAAUAACCACAUUCUUAACCACCCCCAAAGCCACCUCAUUCCUUACGAUCUGGCCACGUGCCACAACUACCCUCCCAGAGGCUCAGGGGGUGGCUCGAGAGAAUGUACGCAGCCCCAGAAAUGACCCUUCCCUCGGCGGGGACACGUGCUGCCUCCUUCCCCUGGGCUUCUACGUUUUGGGUCUCCUCUGGCUUCUGUUUGCUUCCGCGGUCCUUAUCCUCCUACUGGCCCGGGACCACCGUGUGACGCCACAGGCCCCGGCCACAGCCACAUACACCACGCAUCUGGAGCUGCAGAGGGGGAAGCAAGUGCCCGUGCCCCGCGCCUGGCUCCUUUUCCUUGCAGGCUCACUGCCCACUUUCCGCUCCAGCCUCUUCCUGUGGGUGCGGGCUAACGGCCGCGUGGGGCCUCUGGUGGCAGGACGGCGGCCCUCAGCCCUGAGUCUGGGUCGUGGUCAGGACCUGCUGGGCACGGUGGGCAUUAGGUACUCUGGCCACAGCCUCUGAGGCUGGGGGGUGUGGGGACCUUGAGAGGCUGUGAUGUGACGGCUUUCCUGUCGGGAUCUAGCUUGGGGGGUGGGGGGGGUAAUUACUUUUCCUUUAUCCGAAGCCUCUUCUCCAUAGCACGGGCACAACCUCGGCAAAGCCGCGGGGGUGGUGAGAUGCGGGAGCCAGUAGCUCACAGAACCAGGCUCCCCACGCUGCGGCGGGGGAGGGUCCCAGACCGCUAGGCUACUGCCAUCACCUUGGGGACGCUUCAGGAAAAAGGAGAUGCACCAAUCAGCACUCUCACACGUGUGUACUGAAAAGACCUGGAAAGAGACAUAUCGAGAUGGGAGCCCGGGGCGCCUGGGUGGCUCAGUUAGUUAACACUCAGCUCACGAUAUCGCGGUUCGUGAGUUUGAGCCCCGCGUCGGGCUCUGUGCCGACAGCUCGGAGCCUGGAGCCUGCCUCGGGUUCUGUGUCUCCCUCUCUCUCUGCCCCUCCCCUGCUCACGCUCUGUCUCUGUCAAAAUAUAAACAUUAAAAAAAACAAACGUGAGCCCUGAUGACCCCUGGGUAGCAUAAA